AUGUCCCUCCCAGACCGUCACACAUUCUAUGACGGAAAGCCUCAGCCAUCGGCUCGUUCCCCAGGAACGUUUCAGUCGGUCGAUCCAUCCACCGCCGAAGCCAUCUGUACCGUUCACAGUUCCUCUGAAUCAUCAAUAAACUCAGCCAUCUCAUCAGCCAAAUCUGCAUUUCCAUCAUGGUCUAGCACACCUCCGAUUGAACGGUCGAGAAUUCUCCUCAAAGCUGUUUCGAUACUUCGAUCGCGCAAUGACGAGCUCGCCAAAAUCGAGACCCUUGAUACCGGUAAGCCUUUUUCAGAGACUUCGACGGUCGAUGUCGUCACUGGCGCCGACGUUCUCGAGUAUUUCGCCAAUCUAGUUGCUUCAGGCGGUCUUAAUGGGGAAUCUUUCCGACUCCGUAACUCGGCCUGGGUGUACACUUCCAAAGAGCCUCUCGGAGUCUGCGUGGGUAUUGGGGCGUGGAACUAUCCCAUUCAAAUUGCGCUCUGGAAGUCAGCUCCAUGCCUUGCGGGUGGAAAUACAAUGGUGUACAAGCCGUCCGAAGUGACGCCACUCCAUGGCCAAUAUCUAGCUGAGAUCUACAAAGAGGCAGGACUCCCAGAUGGAGUCUUCAAUGUCGUCUAUGGUGCUGGCGAAGUGGGUGCCUAUUUGACCAAACAUCCAGACAUCGCCAAGGUGAGCUUCACAGGCCAAGUGUCGACAGGUCGCAAAGUGGCAGGUUCUGCGGCUGGAGAGAUGAAGUAUGUGACGAUGGAGCUAGGAGGCAAGAGUCCUAUCAUCGUCCUCCCGGAUGUGGAUAUUGAUCAAGCUGUCAAUGGCGCCAUGAUGGCCAACUUCUUCAGUACUGGCCAAGUGUGCACGAAUGGUACGAGAGUUUUUGUACAAGCGAAAAUGAAAGCCGAAUUCGAGAAGACCCUACUGCAGAAAAUGGAGACAAUCCGGGCGGGAGAUUUGAUGGACAUGGACACCAACUUUGGUCCGCUUGUCAGUAAGAUCCAUUAUGAGAAGGUAAUGGGAUACGUCAGACAUGGAAUCGAGGUUGACAAAGCAAAAUUGCUCUAUGGAGGUCUCCAAAAGCCAGCGAAUCUCCCCGAGCAGCUCCAGCGUGGUUAUUGGGUGAGACCUACGGUGUUUACGGAUUGUACUGACGACAUGAAGAUCAUCAAGGAAGAAAUCUUCGGUCCUGUCAUGUCGAUUCUAACCUACUCAUCAAUCGACGAGGCGGUGCAGAGAGCUAAUACCACCGCAUUGGGUCUCGCCGCCGGAAUCUUCGGCAAGGAUAUCAACGAAUGCCACCGAGUCAUCCAACAACUGCAAGCAGGAAUAACCUGGAUCAAUACCUGGGGUGAAUCUCCAGCAGAGAUGGCGGUAGGUGGAUGGAAGCAGAGUGGGGUGGGUGUUGAGAAUGGACGAAAAGGCCUGGAGGCUUGGGUCCGAAAUAAAAGUACUCUGGUCGAGAUGAGUGGCGCUGUACCAACUGUUUUUUCGAAACUCUGA